AUGACUAGGAGUAAAAAGUUUGUGGAAGCUGAGGAUGAAGAGAGUGUGGUGUACAAGGAGCAAAUGGGUGAAAAGACAGGUGCUGAGGUUAAGGAAAAUGAUGUGAAGGGAGAAGUCAAUGUGGGAAAGGCUCUGAUUGAUCUGGGAGCCAGCAUUAAUUUGAUGCCACUCUCCAUGUGCAAAAGAUUGGGAGAGUGGGAGAUUAUGCCCACUCGAAUGACUCUACAAUUAGCUGACCGCUCCAUUACCAGGCGCUACGGAGUAAUUGAAGAUGUAUUGGUCUGGGUCAAGCAUUUUAUCUUCCCAACAUACUUUGUGGUCAUGGAUAUCUCUAAAGAUACUGACAUCCCUGUAAUCAUGGGGAGGCCGUUCAUGUUGACUGCAAGCUGCAUAGUUGACAUGGGGAAGAGGAAGUUGGAGUUAGGUUUUGAAGACCAGAAAAUUGAUUUUGACUUAUUUUCAACGUUUCGAGGCCAUGCUUCGGAGCAUACAUCAGGGGCAGAGUAUUUUACUGCAAAGCCUAUAGCUGGUAGCGCCUCCAGACUCCAUCCCGAUAGUAGAGCAAUUUAA